AUGAAUCGCCUCGCUCGGGAUCGCAGCUCUGGCGAUGGGAGCCGGCAGCUGGAUCUGGGCUCCUUCCCCUUCCAGUGGGACAGCAACUUCAUCCUGGCCAACGCGCAGGUCCGCCGCGGCUUCCCCAUCGUCUACUGCUCCGACGGCUUCUGCGACCUCACCGGCUUCGCCCGCACGGAGGUCAUGCAGAAGAACUGCAGCUGCCGCUUCCUUUAUGGAGCUGAGACCAGCGAGCCCGUCCUGCAGCGCAUCGAGAAGGUGCUGGAUGGCAGGCAGGAGUACCAGACCGAGGUCUGCUUCUACAAGAAGGGUGGAGCUGCCUUCUGGUGUCUGCUGGACAUCAUGCCCAUCAAGAACGAGAAGGGGGAGGUGGUGCUCUUCCUCUUCUCCUUCAAGGACAUCACAGAGAGCCGGGGCAGGAGCCACCUGGGUGACAAGAAGGAGGAGAAGCAGAGGAGCAAGAAGCCCGGGAGCUCACACCUGCGGGCAGCGCGCAAGCAGGGCCGGACGGUGCUCCAUCGGCUCAGCAGCCAGUUUGCCCGGGGGGACCGCAGCGAGAUGAAAAUCAACCGCAAUGUGUUUGAGAGCAAGCCGUCCGUCCCUGAGUACAAAGUGGCCUCGGUGCAGAAGUCCCGCUUCAUCCUGCUCCACUACAGCAUCUUCAAGGCCCUCUGGGACUGGCUGAUCCUGCUGGCCACCUUCUACGUGGCCGUCACCGUCCCCUACAAUGUCUGCUUCACGGGCACGGAGGACAGCCUCUCAGCCGCCCGCAGCACCAUCGUCAGCGACAUCGCCGUGGAGAUGCUCUUCAUCCUGGACAUCAUCCUGAAUUUCCGGACGACGUACGUGAGCCAGUCGGGCCAGGGGGUGUAUGAUCCCCGCUCCAUCUGCAUCCAUUACGUGGCCACCUGGUUCUUCGUGGAUCUGAUCGCCGCUCUGCCCUUCGAUCUGCUCUAUGUCUUCAACGUGACCGUGGAGAUGGAGAGCAACGACCCCCAGACCUGGGACAUCGGUUGGCUGCACGAGCUGGGCAAGAGGCUGGAGGCUCCCUACAUCAACAACUCGGUGGGGGGCCCCUCCAUCCGCAGCGCCUACAUCGCCUCCCUCUACUUCACCCUCAGCAGCCUGACCAGCGUGGGCUUCGGCAACGUCUGCGCCAACACCGACGCCGAGAAGAUCUUCUCCAUCUGCACCAUGCUCAUCGGGGCGCUGAUGCACGCCGUCGUCUUCGGCAACGUCACGGCCAUAAUCCAGCGCAUGUACUCCCGCCGCUCGCUCUACCACACCCGCAUGAAGGACCUCAAGGACUUCAUCCGCGUGCACCGCCUGCCCCAGCAGCUCAAGCAGAGGAUGCUGGAGUACUUCCAGACCACCUGGUCGGUCAACAAUGGCAUCGAUGCUAACGAG